CAAAACAGGGCGUGGUGGCUUUGUGGCGGCAGCGUUGAGCAUUUGCAUCAACACAAAGUCGUGCACAGCAAAUAUUUGCUAUCAAGGCAGCGAGCAGGAUUGGUCAUCAAUUAGUUUUGCUAAGAAGGCCUUGGGGAACGCAUCAUGUUAGUGUGUCUCAUCCUCAUAUCGCUAUUUUCCUGCUCAGCAGAUCGUGCGCAAGGUCAAGGAAUAUCCGCCUCGGAGAACCCAAUAGCAGUGGGGAAGAAUGUCACCCUUUUCAGCCAGAACCAAGUUAACACGGGCGCGUGGCUCUUCAACAAUAACCUGGUGGUCAUCAUAUUCCCUGGCGGAGCGGUUACCGCCUCCAACUGGACGGGCAGGGUGGUGUUCAACGCCACCACCUCAGCGUUGACGGUGAUGUCGCUCGGGCUGGGGGAGUCCGGGACUUACACGCUCCAAGAUGUGGGUUCCUCCGCUUCACAGUUAGUGCUGUCGGUUCAAGAACCUAUUUCGGGUGCGACAAUGUCCGCAAAUGGCACCGACCUGGUGGAGUUCAAUGACACGGUGGCGCUCACCUGCGCUGUGCUCACGGGCACUUCCCUGUCCUUCACGUGGCUCAACAACACGGCCGAGGUGACGCCCGGAGAAUACGUGCACUUCAGCCAUGACGGCUCCGUGCUCACCCUCAGCAAAGUGACACGCUACGACGAGGGCCCGUUCAGGUGUAACGUGACCAACGGCAUUAGCCAGGGAAUCACCUCGUCUGCACAAUUCAACAUCAGCUAUGGACCCACAAACGCCGCCGUGUCAGUCUCGCCCCCGGUGCACACCCACAUCACGGGCUCAGACAUUACCCUGACUUGCUCGGCCGAGUCCAAACCCCCUGCGACGAUCCAGUGGAUGUUGGAUGGGAUGAACCUCAACCACAGCGGGGCACUUCUUGAGCUACCAAUGGUUGCAGAGAACCACUCGGGGGACUACCAGUGUCUCCUGCACAACUCUGUCACGUCCAGGUUCAGCAGUGUGAGCUCAAUGAUCAGGAUCAUGGCGCCAAUAACGGCCGUCGCGGUGAACCACACGGGUGGAGUGGCGGUGGCCGAGGUGGCCUUCACCCUCAACUGUCACGUGACCGGAGAGGCAGAAGUCAUCUAUUGGAUAAAGAAUGGCAACCUGGUGUCCGCUGACAAUACCACCAUCUUUGAUGUGGAGAACCGGACGCUGACUCUGAACCCGGUCCAGCUCUCCGAUGCUGGCCAGUACACGUGUCAUGCUUUCAAUGCAGUGAGCAACAUGACCAGCAGUCCCUAUACUCUGGAAGUCUUCUACGGCCCACAGACGCCAGUGAUUACAGGACCCUCCAUGGCCCUGACUGGAAACCAGGUUCUCCUCAAUUGUUCCAGCAGCUCGCAUCCUCCAAGCGUGUACAGCUGGCACUUCAACGAAACCAAGGUGGCUGACACCUCCGAAUACCUGACCGGCCCGCUGGCGCUCAACAUGAGCGAGACAUACACUUGCACAGCCUUCAACAAUGUCACCGGGAAAAACAGCACCGCGUAUCACACGCUCACUGUUUUGGCUCCGGUGCACAUGGCCUCGGUAAUGGCGGGGGGUGCAAACCCAAUCCUGAACCACACGUUCAACCUCACCUGCGAGACCGUAGGAAGCGUGAAGUCUAUCACCUGGACGAAAGACGGAGCCCCGCUGUACACGGAUGGCAACACGAGCCUCUCCUGGAACAACAGCACCCUCACCUUUGAGCCUGUGUUGUUGUCCCACAACGGCAAUUACACGUGCAAUGCUUCUAACCCUCUCAGCAGCUUCACCACUGAAAAUUAUACCCUCAACGUCAUAUAUGGACCCGGAAUGCCUAAUGUCACGUCGCCCAACGUGACGCUGGAAGGAAGCAACGUCACACUCAGCUGCAGCGCCUCAUCGUACCCGCUCAGUCAGUACACGUGGUCCUUCAAUGGGACGAAUGUGGCCAACACCUCUAUGUACGAGACAACUGCUCUCAGCACCAACAUGAGCGGGACGUAUACCUGCACGGCCCGCAACACUGUCACUGGCUACAACACCUCGGCCCAUACUGUGCUAACCGUUCUCGAGCACAUCAAAUAUGUCCACAUAAAUGUGUCCGUGCAUCCUCCCGUGGAAGGGUACGCUUACAUGUUGAUGUGCAACGUGUCCGGGCCCGCUGACCAUGUGUUGUGGCAAAAGAACGGAGAGCCGCUGAUCACCGACGCCAGGAUCACCAUGUCCUCCGAUAACCAGACAGUCACGUUCAACGAGCUGCACCGUAAUGAUUCCGGACAGUACCAUUGUUGGGCUUUCAAUCCGGUUCAACACAUGCUAAGCCCUCCUCACUUGCUUCUUGUCAACUUUGGACCGGAGACGCCGAUGGUUUACGGUCCACCCGUGGCCGUGGAGGGACAGUCGGUAAACUUCAGCUGCUCGGCAGUGUCGUUGCCCGAUAGUCACUUCAGCUGGUGGCACAACAUCACCUUGGUCGCGAACAGCUCCAUGUUUGUGACACCUCCUCUGACGCUUAACAUGACUGGACAAUACACCUGCAUGGCCCGCAAUCCCGUGUCAGGAAAGAACGUCACCAGAACCCUGAUGCUCCACGUUAUUGAGGACAUCAAGUCAGUGAAGGUGCAGAACGACACGAUUCCCAUCGACGGCGACAACUUCACGUUGACGUGCGUAGUGGACGGGCCGUACACGUCCAUCCAGUGGAGGAAAAACGGCACAGAGCUGGCGGCAAACUGGUCUGCUACCAACCACUCCCAAUACCACAUGGAAGAAAACAAGCUUCACUUCACACCCUUGACACGCUACGAGGACGGCACGUACGAGUGUAUCGCCAGCAAUCUGGUCGGGUCUCACAAAAGCCCCGCGUACGAGCUCCUGGUCAACUAUGGCCCCCUCAGCGUGACUAUUUUGGGUCCAGAGUUGUCCAAAGAACUCUUCACCGUUACCAUCAAGUGCGUGGCAGAUUCGCGGCCAGAAAGCGAGUACGAGUGGUUCCUAAAUGACAUCCCCUCAUCGGCCGUUGCCUCGAGCAGCGUCAUCCAAAUUCCAUUGCUGGAGUCCAACUACACGUGCAAGGCGACCAACCCCGUCACCAACAUCAGCAUGUCGCGCAGCAAGUUAAUCACCCCUUUUGGUUCUGCUUCUGCCCUCCAGUCCAUAUCGCACAAAUAUCUGGUGAUCAUAAGUGCUUUGAUCGUGUCUGUCCAGGCUCUCUUCCACUGAGUAGUGCCAAAUCAUUUGCAGCAUUCCGUCAUUGGUCAGCUCGGAAAGGCGGCGGAGACAUCAUCUGUUAUUCUUCAUUUUCGUUUUUGACGGCAGCACUUUGUGAUUAUUGCUGUCACUGCACUGGAACGUGCUUAUCCUACUUUCAAAGUGGUACCAUUGCCAACAAUCAACUCUUGCACUUUUGGCCAAAGUCGUGUGAGAUCAAACCAUAUGAUGUGUGUUUAGACUUUAUCAGGCGUUGACUUGUAGUAUUUUUUGUGAAAUCAAUAAAACUUGGAAGACUGGUUGA